CGCGCUUCACCUACUCCCGCGCCAAAACGUCCUCACUCUCUCUCUCUCUUUCUUGUUGGCAUUCGAUAGCUUGAUCGAUCUAUCUUUGGUCAAGCGAUGUCGAGCAAGCUUAAAGUCGACGAAUUACGGAAGCAAUUGGCUAAUCGUGGCCUCGAUACCGCCGGCAACAAGGCCGCACUGGUGAAAAGGCUCGAUGCUGCGAUUCUUGAAGAAGAAAAGAAGGCGGCGUUAAAUUCCAAGAAUACGGGCUCCAAGAAGCGAAAGGCCGAUCUAGAGUUGGAUGCUGCUGAAGAAGGUGCCGCGGAUGUAGAAAAUGAAGUAGCUUCCAGGAAGAAAUUUGUGACGGCAACCAAGAAAUGUGGUGCAAUUUUAGACCAGUGGCUUCCAGAUGACGUGAAAUCCCACUACCAUGUUUUGGUUCUUGGGAAUGAAGCAUAUGAUGCUAUGCUUAAUCAAACAAAUAUGGGCCAAAACAAUAACAAAUAUUACAUGAUUCAAGUUCUUGAAUCUGAUGAUCACAGAUCAUAUAUGGUUUACCUGAGAUGGGGCCGGGUUGGGGUGAAAGGUCAAAACAAGUUGAUUGGACCUUACAGUUCGAGAGUUGAUGCAAUUAAAGAAUUUGAAUCAAAAUUCCAUAGUAAAACAAACAAUUGUUGGUCGAGUCGACAACAGUUUAUUUCUUUUCCAAAGUACUAUACAUGGCUGGAAAUGGACUACAGCGAAGAUGCAGAUGGAAAGGAUAAGAGAAAGCUUGAUAUGCCAAAUAUAAGUGGUCAGCUUCGUGAGACCAAGCUUGAUCCUUGUAUUGCACAGUUCAUCUCUCUUAUAUGUGAUAUCAGCAUGAUGAAGCAGCAAAUGCUUGAGAUUGGCUAUAAUGCAGAAAAAUUGCCACUUGGCAAGCUAAGUAAAUCUACAAUUGUGAAGGGUUAUGAAGUAUUAAGAAGAAUCUCUGACGUAAUUGGGUCCUUGGACAAAAAAAAGUUAGAGAUGUUGAGCGGGGAGUUCUACACUGUUAUUCCCCACGAUUUUGGUUUUAAAAAGAUGAGCGAAUUUGUCAUUGAUACCCCUCAGAAAUUGAAGCAAAAGCUUGAAAUGGUUGAGGCACUAGGAGAAAUUGAGGUUGCUACAAAGUUGCUGAAGGAUGAAGAUGAAAUGCAGGAUGAUCCCCUUUAUGCUCAUUAUCAACGCCUUAACUGCAACCUGGAGCCACUUGAAGCUGAUUGCCAGGAAUAUUCCAUGAUAAAAGAGUAUAUGAAGAACACUCAUGCUAAGACACAUGCAGAUUACACGGUUGAUAUAUUGCAAAUCUUUAAAGUUUGCAGGGAAGCAGAAAAUGAGCGAUUUGAGAAGUUCUCUCGCACAAAGAAUCGAAUGCUCUUGUGGCAUGGUUCUCGACUUGCAAAUUGGACCGGCAUCCUGUCUCAAGGAUUGCGUAUAGCUCCUCCUGAGGCACCUGUAACAGGCUAUAUGUUCGGAAAAGGGGUUUAUUUUGCUGAUAUGUUCUCAAAAAGUGCCAACUAUUGCUAUGCAUAUAACAGUGGAUCACGCUCUGGAGUACUUCUUCUAUGUGAGGUCGCAUUGGGUGACAUGGCGGAGCUGUUGACUGCAAACUAUAAUGCUGAUCAAUUGCCAUUUGGCAAGCUAAGCACAAAAGGUGUUGGAGGAACAGCACCUAAUCCGUUGGAGUUUAGGCAGCUUGACGAUGGAGUUACAGUUCCCCUUGGCAAACCGGUGAACCAGAAAGGCGCAAAGGGCAGCUUGUUAUACAAUGAAUACGUAGUCUACAAUGUUGAUCAGAUAAAAAUGCGGUAUGUUAUUCAAGUCACGUUUGAUUAUAAUAAAUAAGAACUGGAGAAGAGCGCAAUGGAAGGCGUCUGUUUGGGAGAAACGAUUAAACCACUCUUACUAUUGACAAGGACUGCUAAUAUAAUUAUCCGAUUUGUAAGGGGUGAAGAACAAGCAUACGAUUGAAAUAAUAAGGUAGCGGUCUCUUAGUUUUGCUAUUUAUCGCAUUUUUGUAGCUGUAUGCGUGUUUGCUAUGCAACUCAUUUGUUUUGUUAUACAUGCUCGCUAAUUUAUUUUAUGGAUAUUUUGCAUUUUCA